AUGAUGCCGGCGAUUCUAUUGUUACUGAUGCUGUUGCAUGGGCCAGAGCGGUUCGUUGAGGCCAUGAUCGCCGCCUAUCUGGGAGACGACACAUGGAAGCGUCGGAUCGAGAAGCGCUGGUUGGCCUGGAGAGACGCCUCGAUCCACACAGACGUCGAAACCUCGCGGAUGGUGCCGUGCAACAAGUCUCCAUCCAAAGCUUGGGGAAAUGAUGCGAUGGUCGGCAAAAGCUUGGUUUGCUUGGCACAGGGAACCAUGUCGAAGAGUCAGCACGUCGAUCUCGGGCCUGUGACGCAGGAACCUUGA